CAAGAACUCCUGCGGCUCCUACUCUACCUCCUCCUCCUAAGAACACUCCGUCAUAGUGCACAACCGGGAUCGCCAGAAUCGUAGUGGCACAAGUCUGCCAAUCGGUCAGGUUCAAGUCGGCGGAAACCCCGACCCUGAAAACCCUAACCCACAUAUUCGUUCUCUACCUGAAAACCCUAGCCUAGGCGGCAACGUCGUACUCCAACGACUGCAAUCGCACACAAUUGAAUGUGUUCGACGUCAUCAACACACUCAAAAACUUCGGAUUGGCGGAGGGAUUCACCAGGGCGUCCAAGCUCCAUGGCUGCUGUCGACUAAGAUCCAGCGUGAUGAAAGACGCUGAUCAUUUAUUGAAUACUAUGGACGAGAUUACCUUUGCCAAGCCCCUCUCGAGGGCCAACAGUUCAAAUUCGUCUCGCGUGUCGGGGGUUUCGGGUGUGCAGCUGAGGGGAAAUCAUAUUCCUGAGUGGUUGCCGGAUUUUUCUGAGGAGAGCACGUAUAUGAAGGAAGGUCUUGAGGGAAAAGUGGAGGGUAUGAAAGUGGAGUUGGCGUUGUGGGAGAGGUCAGCUACCGACAGAGAAGGAGAUGGAAAGGGAGUUGGUGAGACAACCGGCGAAGGUAGUGGAGGAGAGUUGAGAAGUAAGAGGGGAAGAAUGAAAGAGGAGAAACAACCGUCAUGGCGAAGAAGAGAAGAACAAUGUAGCAAAAUGUGAAUACUGUCCACGAGAUCCCCUUUGUGAACCGCAGUUCAAAAUUGUCUUUGUGCGCCGGGGGUUUUGUGUGUGCAGCUAAGGGGAAAGCAUAUUCCGUAGUGGUUGCCUGAUUACCCCGAGGAUAGCACGUACAGGAAGGAGGGUUUUGAGGAAAAAUUGGAGGGUAGCAAAGUGAAUUUGGCAUUGUGGGUUGGUGAGACAACUGGCGAUGGGAGUUGAGAGGUGAGAGGGAAAGAGUGAAGUUCCAUAUGAUAUGCGCAUAAGAGAAGAAACAAUCCUCAUGGCGAAGAAGAGAAUAACAAUGGAUACUAUCAAUGUGAUCCCCUUAGCAAAGCCAAUCUCGAGGGCCAACAAUUCAAAUUCAUCUUGCGCGUUGGGAGUUUCAAGUGUGCAGCUAAGGGGAAAGCAUAAUCCGGAGUGGUUGCAUGGUUUCCCUAUGGAGUGCACGUAUAGGAAGGAGGGAUUUGAGGGGAAAUUAGAGGGUAGGAAAGUGGAGUCGGCAUUGUGGGAGAAGUCAGUUUCCGGCAGAGAAGGAAACAGAGGGAGUUGGUUGGUGGGACAACUAUUGAAGGGAGUGGAGGGGAGCUGAGAAAUGAGAGGGAAAGAGUGAAGUUCUAGAUACGCAAAAGGGAAGAAACAACCCCCAUGGUGAAGAAGAAGAGAAGAGCAAUGGAUGCCAUCAACGUGAUCACCUUCGCGAACAUCUCAAACGUGUCGGGUUUGGGUGUGCAGCCGAGGGUUAAACAUAUUUCGGAAUGGUUGCGGGACUCUCCUGAGGAGAGCAUGUUAGAGUUUUGAGGGAAAAGUGGACGGAUGGAAAGUGGAGUUGGCAUUGUGGGAGAGAGCGAAAGAAACAGAGAAAGAGAGAAGUGGUGAGACAACUAGCAAAAGGAGUGGAGGAGAGUUGAGAAGUGAGAGGGAAAGAGUGAAGUUCCAUACCCUCAUGCCGAAGAAGAGAAGAACAAUGGAAAGGUGACGAUCAGAGAACCCAACUGCGUACUGGAAUCAAGGAGUGCUUAAAUGCCUACCCUGACCAGCACCUCUGCGCUUGCCUUCUCAGGAGGCUAUUAUUCUUCUAUGGAUCUUAUUAAACCAUUAAAUACAAG